UACUGCUCUACGGCGCUAGUGUGAAAGGUCAGGUCAGUCGUCCUUGUGAAAGGGAGAGAGAUCUUCACGUGUGUCCACUUCUCCGUCGAUUUUGAAACAAAGAUGGAUUUUGGCAGCCCUCCAGCCGGUGGAUCCGGUGUGAAUAGAGAUGAACUCAUGGACCAAGUCAAGUCUCAGAUCGCUAUCGCGAACGCACAAGAAUUAUUGCAGAAAAUGUCAGACAAAUGUUUCAAGAAGUGUGUGACCAAACCAGGAACAUCUCUGGACAACUCAGAACAGAAGUGUAUAGCGAUGUGUAUGGACCGGUACAUGGAUGCCUGGAACAUCGUCUCCAGAACCUACAGCACCAGGUUACAGCGGGAACGUGGGAAGCUCUGAGGGACGUCCAGGGGGAGGGGAGGUCAUCAUCAUCAUCAUUCACCAGCCACCCAUCUUUUAAAUCAUUUAUGGUACCAGUCUAUGGUCAUGAGAGGGUAUCAUCAUGCUUAUUUCUGUGUAGCAAAGUCAUUAUAAGACAGAGGAAGGGCUCCAAUAUUUCCUUUUGUAGAAGUAAUACUUUUUUUAGGCUUUUGCCAGAGGUUCAAAAAUUACCUUCUCUCCUAUUGUGCCAUCUAGAGAUUAUACUUGUUAUGGAUACUUAAGACAUGUGUGCACUAACAACUUAGUGGGAUCCCAAGUCAUGAUGUUGUCAUGCUAUUCCAAACCAUGAUGUUGAUUUUAUGGCAUUUAGAUCAAGAAGCCAGUUUACAGGACUUUGUUAUCAUUAGAUGUAACGUUAGUAAUAAUAGACUACCAAAGGCAUUGAUCACGCAUGUAUCAAAGUUUUUGAAGAUUGGUCUGGAUAUUAAUUAUUUGGAGUCAACUUUGAGAAAGACAUUGUGACCAUUGAUAUUUAGUAUGCAGGGCUAAAUAGUUGCUAUAAGAUGUGCACAAGUAGAAAUUUAGAAAAAUGUGCAGGUUUAAAGUAUACUCAUUACCUCCUAAAGAUAUUCUGUCUAUGUCAUGUAUGUAUCUUCAUGAAGACAAUUUGAUCCCACUAACUACGCAAUACAAAUUUGGUACUAACAUUUUGCUCUGAGGGCAAUGGCAAGCCAGAAAGCCCUUUAUUUUAUUACUUGAUAUAGCUUUAGGAACUGAGCAAAAAAUGAUGUGACUUUUACAUAUAUUUCGUUUUGCUUUUGAAACGGUCAGUAAUAAAAAAGAAAAGAAAAGG